AUGGCUCCAAAAAGCCGUGAAUUAACCCCAGCCGUUAAAGAAGACAUUGUAAAGUUGUCUAACAGUGAUGUUUCGGCUCGAAAAAAUGCAGGGUUGUUAGAACUUAAAGCAAGAACCGCAGAGCUACAGACCCUACAGAUCACUGUUCAGGCUCAAACUAGUGAGCUACAGACCCUACAGAUCACUGUUCAGGCUCAAACUAGUGAGCUACAGACCCUACAGAUCACUGUUCAGACACAGACUAGUGAGCUACAGACCCUACAGACCACUGUUCAGACACAGACUAGUGAGCUACAGACUCUACAGACCACUGUUCAGGCUCAAACUAGUGAGCUACAGACCCUACAGAUCACUGUUCAGACACAGACUAGUGAGUUACAGACUCUACAGACCACUGUUCAGGCUCAAACUAGUGAGCUACAGACUCUACAGACCACUGUUCAGGCUCAAACUAGUGAGCUACAGACUCUACAGACCACUGUUCAGACACAGACUAGUGAACUUCAUACCCUACGGGCAACAGUUCAGACGCAGAACGCUAAGUUGCAGAACCAGAAUGCUGAACUACAGACACAGAAUGGAAAAAUAUCUUCACUGGAACAACGACUCUAUCAGGCCAGUCAAGAUAAAGGGGGAGCCACGUUUAUUCGCUGGGGAAGGAUCGACUGUCCUGCAAACUUAACAGACCUUGUUUAUUCCGGAUAUGCAGGCGGCACCUGGUAUGCUCACACUGGUGCGGCGGCAAACCAUGUUUGUUUACCACGGGAUCCGGUGUGGGGACCAUACAAGAAUAUGCAUAAUACUGACUAUACUGCAUUAAUGUACGGCGCGGAAUACAAUGCUGAUAAUACGGCAACACCAUUUGGACUGAAUUCACACGAUGAAGAGGUUCCCUGUGCGGUUUGUAGAUACACGUCCUUUGUUUCCUCCGUGAUGAUUCCGGCGAGAACGACAUGCUACAGCGGCUGGACGAAGGCGUACAGUGGGUCACUUGCGGCAGGGUACUUUAUACAAACAGCUGCUUCCGAGUACGUGUGUGUAGACGAGCAUGCCCAGCUAUUGGAUCGAGGGGCUGACACCAAUGAUGAUGGUACGUUAUUUCUUGCGGUUAAGGCGCAGUGUGGUUCCCUUCGAUGUCCUCCGUACGAGCAGGAUAAAUAUCUCUCUUGUGUUGUUUGUAUGAAAUAAAAUCAAA